UUCAGAGGCAGAGCACUUGUAUUUCCCCUCUGCACCCCAACCUCCCUUGGGGCUGCCCCAGGUCCCCCACAGUAACCACAGUCCCUUGCAUCUGUGUUCCUGGAGACAGGCCCAGGAGAAGGCAGGGCGGGGCGGGGCAGCCCCCAGCAGGGCCAGGGUGGUGGUGCGGUCCUGCCCUGCCGAGCUGAGCCCUGGCUGGUGUCCCCAAGCAGGAUGGGUGUGCGGGCCUCAAGUCCCCUGGACAAGCAGCAGCAGCAGCAUGUAAGAGAGCGCAUGGAUGCCCUGCUGAGGACCUUCCUGCCCCACUACCGCUCCCAGCUGGCUGCCGCCGUCCUGAGGCGGCUCUCUGAGGAGCGGGACCCGGGGAGGCCGGCGGGGGCGCAGCUGCUCCGCAGCCAGAAGCUGCCCCGGGUCCGCGAGCACCGAGGGGCCCUGGCGUGGCUGCGGGGCCGCCCGCCGCGGUGGCAGCCGGUGUUCUGCGUCCUGCGCGGGGACGGCCGCCUGGAAUGGUUCGGACAGCAGGAGGAUUUCGAGAAUGGGGGUCGCCCGCUGGGCUCCGUCGCCCUGACGGGGUUCUCUCUGGAGACCUCACGGCGGGAUGUCCAACUUUGCGUGCAGCCCGCAGAUGACAAUGCCCAGGAAAGGCCCACUGCCCUACCAGAGGUGCCAGCUCGUUUCCCCCUGUCUCUGUGGCACCCCUUCCGCCAGCCCCUCUGCUUCUCUGCCUCCAGUGCUGAGUUACAGCGUGCCUGGAGGCUGGCCCUGCAGAGUGCCGUCCGGCUGCGGGACACAGUCCUGCAGCGCAGCCAGGACCCCGCUGCCCGCGCCUUCCUGGAUGCCGUCCGGCUCUACCGGCAGCACUUGGGCCACUUUGGCGAGGACGACGUGACGCUGGGCUCGGACGCCGAGGUGCUGACCGCGGUGCUGAUGCGGGAGUUGCUGCCGGACCUGCAGGCGCAGACCUUGCCGGGCCUGCGGGGUGCGGCCUGGACGGAGCUCCUGGACACGGUCUACACAGCGGUCCUGGCCGAGGCCUCCUCGGGGCUCCGCGCCUUCCAGCCGGAGAAGAACGAGCUACUGGCGUCGCUGGAGAGGACCGUGCGCGCCGACCUGGACCAGACACUGCGGUUGCGCGCGCGCGCCGCGGGGAGAAUUCGGGCGGAUGUCCAGGGCGCGCUGGAGUCGCGCCUGUGCCGGACACUGGACACGCAGCUGCCCCGGAUGGCACGGGCGCUGCUGGGCGCCGCGGGGGCCGCGCUGGACGCGGCACGGAGCCUCCUCACCCGGGCCGUGGACCGCCUGACCCGCCGCUUGCGCGGGAGGCCCUCGGGCGCACGGCUGCGCAGGGAGGUGUACGCGUUUGGAGUGAUGCCAUGGGACCCGGAGCUGAUGCAGAUGUGCUACCAGGAGGCCGAGCGGUGCCAGGAGCACCUGGCAGAGCUGGCCACACCAUUUGGCUUCCAGGCCACCCGGAGCCUGGUGUUUGGGGUUCAGGAUCUGGCACAGCAGCUCCUUGCAGAUGCCUUGGCCACCUUCUUGCAGCUGGCCGACCAGUACCUAACCUCGGCUCUGGACCCUGACCAGGCUGUGGGGCAGCUGGAGAGAGUCAGGGGCCUCGUGCUAAAGAGGCUCUCCUGGGACAGCGAGCAGGCGCGGUGGAAGUGCUCCCAGGGCUGGCUCCUCGCUGUCCUCCUGCCCUUCACUCUGAGCCAGCUGGGCCCGGGCCAGGCGGAGCUGCUGGAGGCGCUGGGGGCUGCGGUAGAGGGGGACAUGGCCGCAGGCGUCUAUGAGGAUGUUGUCCAGGAGGUCUUGCUGCAGAGGAUCAAUGAAGAACUGAGGAAGGCACUUGGUGCCAGCAGCAUCUCUUGCCCUGUGACUGACUGGGCAGAGGCCCCAUGGGCCCAGGAGGGAGCAGGAGCUGGCCCUGUCUGACUUCCUGGGACCAGAGCUGCUGGACCUGGGCCUUGUCCUCCUGCCGCCCCCCCAUGAAUGCCCCGGGCAGGGCUGGGACCUCAGGUUGGCGGCGUGCACUGUACCUUGCCUUGGUGCAUUUGCUUCAGACCCUUCCCAAACCCAGGGCUUGUCACUAAAGCUCUGUCGAUUCCA